GCUGGUGACCACGUGCCGUAUCCGGCCUGCGCGAGCGCCACGAGGGGGGAUCAAGAUGGCGACACACUGGAGCGGCAUAGAAGGUGGUUUAAACCCCACAACGAGUGGAUUUACAGGACACGACCCCUUUGACCAGGCGGUCCUGGUCAGAGGAGAUAUGGAGACUGCAGACGUUCCCUCCUGUGUGGAUUGCUCCCUUCUGGCCAUCUUUGAAGAUUCUUCAGCACCGGAGAGUAAGACGGAAUCGGAGGAGGCGAUCCUGCUGUCGGCUCUGACGGAGAUGCUGGGCUGCGAGCAGGACGAGGAGGCCGCUCCGUCGCCCUUCGACACCCUGCCGGACUCGGAGCUGCUGUCGCAGCCCGACCGCUGCUCUGUGGAGCAAACAUCUGCUCGCAGACUCAGACGGAGACCCAAAACUCCAAACCUGAAGCUCCAAACGAAGUCGGACAGAACCAAGAACCAAACACAGAAGCGGUUUAGAAGACAAAAGCAGUUGUGCCCUGAAAGUAAAGAGGUCAAGGCAGACGUGGAGGUCUUCUCAUCCAGCUCUCUUGUUAGUCUGGUGAAGCUCAUGCACCCGUACUGUCUGGAGCUCCAUGUGGAGGAGGAGGAUGGAGCGAGGAAGAGGCAUCCCCUGUUCUCCCGGGAAGAAGUGUGGAAGUUCAAGCAGCCGGCCGAGGACAGUGACCAGGAGAUCAGCGUUGUAUCUGACGAGGAGGAAGGAGGAGGAAGAGGAGAGGGCAAAGGUCUGCUGUUGAAGAGCGUCCUGUUGAAUGGAAACUCCACCAGACCCGCUCCAUCCAGACAGAGGAAGAGGGUGAGCUUUGGUCCUGUUCAUGUGGCGCUGUUCCACAGGGGGGAGGCUGAAAGUUUGGAUGAGUCUGCUCAUCUGAAGAGUCCACAAAGUGUCCAAAGUCCAGCAGAGCCCCUACCUGACCCGUCACAGAGCAGCGACCUGGAGUCUGACGUUCAGCAUGGAAAGAGUGCGAGGAAGACCAGACCGCUGAGUCUGCAGGAGUACAGGCGGCGCCGCAGGGAGGGGCGGCCCCUGCUGGAGAAACGAGGGAACUACAACACCAAGUGGCCCACCCUGUCUGAGGCCCCCAAAGAGCUGACCCCCAUCCUGUGCUUCCAGGGACACACAAGUGUUUGCAGAGCAAAGAAGUUGCCCCCUCGUGCAGACACCCACCUCCUCUCUGAGGCCCCACAAGUCAGCGUGUUAACGCCCCCCCAGCCUGAACCCAAAGUUUCUUCUCCUGUCAGGCCUGACGUCAGAGCGGCCGGGAGCCGGAGAAGUCUGGUGAAGAAACCAAAGCUGCUCAGCAGUGAUCCUCCAAACCCCACCCUCAUCCCGCUGCAGGCUCCGCCCCCUGCAAAGCCCCCAUCAGUGUCUAGGGUGGAGCCUGUCAGCCUGCAGGAACCUGAUUCAAACCACUUCCUGUCAGCCUUAAGCAAAGACCAUCUUCAUGUCGCAGAUGUUUGUCCUGAUCCUGAGAGAUGGGGGGAGGACAAGGAGCAGCUGGACCACCCCCACACCCCUGAGGGCCCACGACCCCCCCAGGCUGUCUGCAAAGCUGCAGAUUCAGCUGUUGACUCAGGAAUAGAAGCUGCAGAUCUGACCAGCCUGCUGCAGCAGUUUGAACAAACACAAGCCUUGGGGGGUGUGGUUUGUGAGUCCAGACUUCUUCCUGCUGCUUCACUUUCAAUCCCCCCCUCAGAGAAUCAUCUGAACAAGGACAGCCCUGCAGAGCCUGAGCUCACCUCCAGAUCUUUGGAGCCCCAUCAACCCCCCAGUGCUGGAGGGAGGCUGCAGGAUCUCCUCAGCUGGGGGAGUGAGGCGGUGCUCUGCACAGAGGUCAUCCUGAGCACCAAACAGAAAAACUCUGCAUCCAAGCCCAUUCAGAUCAUUGACCCCCGCCCUCUACCCCCCAAGAAGAAAAGCUGGAGUCCUCCACCCCCCCACAAACAGCCUCCUGUGUUUUUUGCCUCUGACCACGACUACUGCGGGCUCCUGGACCACCAGUCUGGACCUCCUCAGUUCACGGUGGCUUCUAGCCCCCCCUAUGAGCAGUGGGAGGUGCAUGACCCCAGAGGGGCCGACCCGACGGCAGAUGAGGAUGAAGAAGAACAAAUACGUGUGUGUGGGCUCCCAACUCCACCCCCCAGCCCUGUCAGAGGCAGGAGGAGGCGGCGCUCUCCCAGCUGCAGCUCCCGCUCCUCCUCAUCCUCCUCCUGCAGCUCUGCAUCCCUGUCUCCUGAAAGAACCAGGCACUCCUCUUCGUCUCUUCUCUGCAGUUUGAGUCCCUCUCCUGAAAACCCAGAAUCUCAAACUUUCAUUUGUUUGUACUGCAGGAUCCACCGCAGACCACCAUACAGGAUGCUCCACUCCAGGUCCAGAUCCUGGUCCCGGUCCCGGUCCCACUCACCCUCCCCGCAGAUCUGCUGGCGGAGACACAGAGAUGCUCACAGCAGCAGAGAGGCCCAGAGGCUGGGAGGAAGGCUGGACGUCAGGAUCCAGAAACUGAGAGCCAUCGAUGAGAGGAGGGUGGUGUACGUGGGCCGCAUCCGCAGAAGCAUGACCCCUGGCGAGCUGAGGGAGCGCUUCUCCCAGUUUGGGGAGGUGGAGUGUGUGUCGCUUCACUUCAGAGACCAAGGCGACCACUACGGCUUUGUGACCUUCUACAACACGGAGGACGCCUUCGCAGCCAUCGACAACGGCAGCAAACUCCGCCGGCAGGAUGAGCUGCCGUUCGACAUCUGCUUUGGAGGAAGACGGCAGUUCUGCAGUUCCGACUACUCUGAUCUGGAUGCGAGCAGAGAUGCCGACCCGUCGCCCCCCCAGGACCAGUUUGAAGACCUGGACUUUGAUGCUCUGCUCAGACAGGCUCAGGGCGGAUCGCAGAGGUAGCAAAGGCUGAAGACGUGCUGAGCGCGACCUCAGAGCUUCACACGCCACUGAUGCCGCAGCGCCUGGAUUUAUGCGGGUUUUGAUGCUGAAUGUGUGGUUUUUGUAUGAAUGAAAAAACACUUGGGCACUUUUUCAGACAUGCUGCAUUUAGGUUGUAUGAAAAUGUCAAACACUUUAAGUCAAAUGUUGCUUUCUGAGCAUCAAUGCUAUUUUCUAAAAAAUAAAGGAUCUUUAUCUGUGUUUUUCUAUUA